AUGUUAAAUCAAAAAGAUCACCCAUCAUAUUCAACCGAAAAGGCUCGUGAUGAUCAACCUGAUGAGCGGUUGUAUGAGUGCACAUAUUGCAAGCAUGGGUUCACUAAUGCUCAAGCAUUGGGUGGACAUAUGAACGUUCACAGGAAAGAGAAAGCCAAAAAUAGGGUUGAUUCUACAAACAACAAGAACAGCACUAGGCUAUUCGACUCGUGUUUGAUCACUAGCUGCAUGCAUGAUCAUAAACAAGAGAGGAGAACUCAGGAGUUCAUGUUAAGAUCAAGCCCUAUGAUGUGUGACAACAGUUUAAGCUAUGGAUCAAUGAUCACGGGUCCAUCUCAAGAGGAGAUGAGAUUGAGCUUAAGCUUAAGCUUACAGUUUGGUCGAUCACAUGAAGAAGAAAACAUUCAAGGGGGAAGUGAAGACGGUGAACUGGAUUUGGAGCUUCGUCUAGGGCAAGAUCGGUGA